CAAAUGGCUGCACCUGCCACCCGUAUGAGUGACGUCUGUUUACGGGCAUGUGAGAUAGAGACAAGGCAGUAGCUAGCCGCGCGGUUACCCCAGGUAUCGUCCUGUAUAAUCGCGCACUUCAUGCUUUCAAUCUAUCACUUUACCACCUCAAUUUUCUCACCCCACUUUCUCACCUCAACUUUAUCAGCUCACUUGCCUUCCUAUAAAGCGGUCUGCCCAUCUACCCCUGCUACCGCCUCGGAGUGUCGCGCCGACUGCGACGCGAGGAAUAUACCGUGGGGUGGAUAAGCGCCCUCCCUAUCGAGCUGGCGGCGGCACGAGAGAUGCUCGACGAAAAGCAUGAAGACCUUGAGCGCGAAGACGACGACGAGAACUUGUAUUCUCUGGGGUCGAUUGCAGGACAUAACGUUGUGAUUGCCUGCCUGCCUGCCGGCCAAAUUGGCAACAACCCUGCGGCGGUUGUGGCGACCCAGUUGAGGGCGAGGUUCAGAGGCAUCCGGUUCGGGUUGAUGGUCGGCGUCGGAGGAGGAGUUCCCAGCGCUGAGGCAGACAUCCGACUUGGGGACGUCGUGGUUAGCAAACCGAAUGGGACCUUCGGCGGCGUGGUGCAGUACGACGCUGGGAAGAACACUCCAAGUGGGUUUGUGCGGACCGGAUCGCUCAACAGUCCGCCGCAGAUCUUGCUCUCUGCAGUGAACACGGUACAGGCAGUCAAGUUGGAAGGGCAAUGCAGGCUGUCUGAGUAUGUUUCCCAUCUCGGCCGCCUUCCCAUAUUUCAGCGCAACAAGGCGGGACCUGACAUCCUAUUUGAUGCGGCGUACGACCACGAGGGAGGCGCCACUUGCGAGAACUGCAGUAGGACCAGGCAAGUGGCUCGGACACCGCGGAACAACGAAGAGGAGGUAGUAGUUCACUACGGUACGAUCGCAUCUGGAAACGCACUCUUGAAGAAGGGACGCACGCGGGACAGGCUGAGCAGUGAAUUGGGUGGCAUCCUCUGUUUUGAGAUGGAGGCCGCAGGUUUGAUGAACAGCUUCCCCUGCCUCGUCAUUCGCGGCAUCUGCGACUACGCCGACUCGCAUAAGAACAAGAUGUGGCAGCCGUACGCGGCAGGAACGGCAGCGGCGUAUGCAAAGGAAUUGCUAUCGGUGAUACCGCUAACCGGUGUGUCUAAGAUCCGCACAGUGGAAGAGACUAUCAAAGAGACGAGACAACAAUUUUGCAUUACCGCCAUCUCACGCAAACAAGGGCAGAUAGACCUGUUCCUAUGCGGGCCAGACGGGCACGUCUACACGUUAUGGUGGGUUGACGGCAGAGGUUGGUCGCCGGGGCACAAGAUCAUUGGUGAUUUUGGUGAUUUUCCUUCUGGCGCCAAAGUCACAGCAGUGUCAAGGGAUGCGGAAAAGUUGGACAUCUUUGCCUGCGACAUCCAUGGUCGUAUUCGUACUAGCUGGUGGCAACUCCCUUAUUACCAGCUGACCAUUGGGUCUCGCUGGAAAACGCGGGACCCGAUAGGGGAACAAUUCCUUGGAGGAACCCAAGCAGCCGCUGUAUCGCGUGACGUAAAUACUCUGGACGUGUUUGCUCUCGCUGAAGGAGGACAGAUCCAUACACUACAGUGGAUAAAAGUAGACCCCUGGUCUAGAAGAACCCUUUCCAAAGAUCCCCUGGGCUUUCCAGUUGGAACGCGCGUAACAGCCACUGCGAGAACUAAACAGCACAUGGAUGUAUUUGUUUGUGACGGGGACGGUAAUGUCAAAACACAGGGAUGGAGCAGUCAUGCUGACCGCUGGACUGACUGGGAAGUCAUAGGUCAGCAGUUCUUGCCUGGAACUAAGAUAGCAGCAAUCGUUCCAGAUGAGGACACUAUCGAACUGUUCGCCUGCCGGCCGAACGGGCAGAUACACACGACCAAAUGGGCUGCAAACUCCGGUUGGGAGCGCACUUGGACUGAAGUAUCCGGCGGGGCAAAAUUCAAAGCUACACCCAAGGUCACUGUCACAAAACUCUCCCCUGGGACGCUUCAUCUCUUCGUCCACGGCACUGACGGUUUCGUAUACACAUGCGGGCGUUCUGGACCCGGAGCCGAGUGGUCCACCUGGGAAUCAGUAAGGAACCAGAGGUUUUUGGGGUCGGUAGAUAUGGCAGUUGCAGCUUGGAAGGGCGCAAAGGCUGCUAAUUUAUUUGUAUCUAAUAAUGACGGUCAAAGGGUUACGGUAUGGUGGACGAGGGGAAGCAUGUCAAAUUGGGAGGAGUGGCGAACCCUGAAGUUACCAGAGGUCUUUGGUUCCGAAUAGCUUAUAAACUAUAUCAAU